AUGGCCCUGGUGUCCUCCUUGGCACAGCUCCAAGCAGAGCCCAGCUGCCCCAUCUGCCUGGAUUACCUGAGAGACGCAGUGACCACUGAGAGUGGACACAACUUCUGUCACUCCCGCAUCCAGCAGUGCUGGGAGGAUCUCCAGGACAUCUUCCCCUGUCCUGUCUGCCUCCAGCCCUGCCCCGACAAGAGCUUUAGGAGGAACAGCCAGUCAUGUCUCAUGAUUGAUUUUGUGAAGAAUCUUCCCAGCACAGAGGACAUGAGGAAGUGGCAGAAAGAGAAACCUCUGUGUGAGAAGCAUAAGCAGGUUCUGAGCCUGUUCUGUGAGAAGGACCUGGAGCUGCUGUGUCCCCAGUGCAGGGUCUCCUCUGAACACCACGAUCACCCCCUGGCACACAUGGAGCCAGCUGCCCCUCUCACAGGAGGAAACUCAAAAGCUACAUUCAGCCCCUGA